AUGGUACGAAAUUAUACUCGAAAAUCUCAGAGAGCCAAACAAUAUACCACGGAGGCCUUAGAACAUGCAUUAAAAGAGGUCAAGUCUGGUACUUCAACGAUUUAUCGUGCUCAUAAAAAGUAUAAUAUUCCCAAGACUACUCUUUUUUAUCAAAUGAAGAGGGUUCGAGGCAAAAUUAGUAGAACUCAAGGAAGAGCACCCGCGAUACCGUUGGAAGAUGAAGAGAGGUUAGCAAUUGCCCUCAAAAUAAUGAAAAAAUGGGACUUCGAAAUUACAAGAAAAGAAGUUUUGCGAAUUGUUUCCGAAUAUGUUAUCACUAAUAAUAUCAAAACACCUUUCAAAAACAGUUUUCCUGGGGAAGACUGGUUCUUAAGAUUCAAAUCUAGACAUCGCUUGAGUAUCAAAAAACCCCAGAGUGUUGAAUAUGCUAGAAAGAAAAUGACAGACCCGUUUGUCAUCUAUGAAUAUUUUGAUAUCCUCGAGGAAGCAAUUAAGGACAAUGAACUGUCCCUGAAACCAGAAUUAUUAUGGAAUCUAGAUGAAUCGUCCUUUUCACUUGACCCAAAAAAAUCGAAAGUUGUUGGAGCCCGUGGUCAACCUAGUUCCAGAACAACAAGCGGACCAGGCAGAGAAAACACGACAAUUCCCUCCGCUAUUUCAGCUUCAGGUCUGAAGGCCCCACCACUCAUAGUUUUCAAAGGAAAACACAUUUGGGAUAGCUGGAUAGCUGAUGAAAGGAAUAGUUUCAAGGGAAUGGCUUAUGCUGCGAGUGCCAAGGUACUAGGCCAAGAAAGGCCAAUUUUACUGAUAUAUGAUGGUCAAAGUACCCAUAUGAAUGUGAAAUUAGUGGAGCUAGCACGAGAUAAUGAUAUCAUAAUACUUAAAUUACCUCCGCAUACCUCACAUCUCUCGCAACCACUUGAUUUAGCUGUAUCCAAGUCUCUUAAAGAUGCUUGGGAUAGGGAACUCGUCAUGUGGCAAAGGCAAGAUAUUGGUCUUGAAAUCCCAAAAAAGAAAUUUUCAGAGUUAUUGGGCUCAGUAUGGAAAAACCUUCAUUCUGAUGUUAUUGAAGUAUUCGAUCCGGAAUCUUUAAGGAGAUGGGAAGAUGGAAGAAAUAAGCAGGGGUCCGUUGAACCAGUACCAUCCACUUCCAAUUAUCAAGCCAUUAUCCACACUAUUUCUAUCAAUGAACAAACCGAUAUUAUCAGCUCUGCUCCCACAGCCCAUAAUACUGUUAUCGAGAGAAGUGACAGUACCGUCGAAAUUCAUCCAAAAUAUUCGUUCGAACAACUGUUAUUGAGAACGGUAAAACAAACGACAACACCACGUUCUUCUAAGAGAAAAAGAGUCGCAAAUGGUGCGGAGGUCACAACUCACCCUGAAGUUAUUCAGAGACUCAUUGACGAAGAGAAAGAGAGGUUAACGAAAUCAAAAAAUGAAACGCAAAAACGACCGAAGAAAAGAAAUAAUGGAAUCAAGGAAGUAGUUCCUAAGAAAGUCUCGAAAAAGAGAAAAAUCCCGUAUAAGUACAAGCAGUGA